AUGACAGAGAACAUCCCGCCAUUCCCACAGAUCGAACUCACGCCGGAGGAACAGGCUCGUUACGACCGCAACGUGACCUCGUUCCUUUGCGAUGCAGUAGCUGAGUAUUCCUCACAGAGUGGCCACACCAAUGAGGACGCAUGGAUUCACGUCCGCCGUCGCAAGCAGCUUAGUAUUUACAAGAGCGUGUAUGGCACGCGCGACCCACAGGUGACGCUCUUCAAAGGCACAGGACUCAUUCACGGGCCCGUACAGGACGUCAUGGACGGACUCUACUGCGAUACAACGGACGACCUCCGUGCGUGCAAGACUCUUCUAAAGUACAAGUUGGUAGACGGCAGUAUUAUGAACGUGACGGAGCGACGAAGCACCGACGCGCCGUAUCGGUUCGCUGGUAUCAAAUGGUUUGCCGCUAAGGCAGCAUGGGGACUGUCAAAGCACCGCGACGUGCUUGCUUAUGAACGCAUGGGUACUACCACAGACGCCAAUGGCAACGAGCUGGCCUACCACGUUCUACACUCGAUCGACCACCCCGAUUGGCCCAUCGACGCUAUCAAGGGCAUCAAGCGCGAGCACCAGGUGACCUGUUUCCUGUACCGUAACCACGACGACACCCACGUCGAGUGUUUCAUUUGGUCCACAGUGUACAACCUCGACUCCGUCGCACAGCGUCUCGCUGAAUACGUCGUCGCUGGAACGCUCUUGAACGUCACCGACUGCGUUAAGAGCGCGCGUGCCAAGAAAUACUCGAUGCUCAUGAAGCACGCCCAACACAACAAGUGGCCGGCAAGUUCGUUGUGCCACAUUUGCUACGGCCGCUCCUUCAUCUCGACCAACCGCCCGUGUGCAGGCUGCUUCCAGAGCGUCUGCAAGUCGUGCUCGGACUACCGCUUCAUCUUCCACAUCGACGCAAAGACUGGUCGACCGCAUCAGCAGCGAUUCUGUAAGCUUUGUAUCAACAACACGGUGAUCAUCGACUCGCUGAACUUUGAGGCGUCGAUCAAGAAGGCUAUCAACGAGAGAGGCGAGACGGACACGGAAGUGGAACGGGUGGCUCUUCGUGGCCCGCGCACCGUGUCGAACCGCCAGAACGCGCUGAAAUCUCCGGCAAAGGCCUCGCAGUCCGUGGCCGACACGAGCUUGAGAUCCAAUUAUCUCGACUGGGCCAGUGACUGGAGCAGUCAAGACGACGACGAUGAUGAAUAUCUUCGCGAACGUGCUGCUACACGCGACCGUGCUAAGAGCAAGAGCAACCGCAGUGACAACGUAUCACUGUCCGAUCUGGACGCGGAGGACAAGUUCUCUCCCUAUCCGGCCACGCCUCAGUCGCACAAGAAGCAGACGGAGGGACGCAACAAACGCGUACAGGAGAACCGUGUACACCAGAAACGCCGGGCGUCCGCGUUCCAGCAGCCUAAGGAGCGUUACCAGUCUCCCCUGGACCAGUACGCAGCUCCACGGAAGCAGAACCACGAGCCUCGCUACACGAACGUGCAGGGAUAUCCGGCUCCGCUGCCUCCUUUCCGAUCGCCGUACCAGUCGUCGGAGCCCAAGACGCCGAGCUCUACUCGCAGCUUCACAGUCAUGUCGAGUGAUAGCGAUGACGGUGCUGAAGUUGCUGCCCUCCCGCUGGGCGAGUCUGGCCUGGGUCUGAGCCAAUUCGACCUUGGCGUGGUGGAGGCUGCACCCGUGGCCGAGUUCGACAAUCUCGACCUCAGUAUGUACUCGGACGACGGCGGCCGUCCUCAAAGCCGACGAGCCCCGCGUUACGGACGCACCAGCCACGCAGACAAGGACGGAUUCCUUUCGGAUCUGUACUCGUUGUCGCGCUCGAGAAUUCACGGCGAGCACUAUUAAGCCAUGCAGACAGUUUAACUUAGCAAGGAAGUACGAUAUGCCCAAGGAAUCAUUUAAGCACACCUCUCGAAGGAAGGAGCCGUGCAGUCAACAUGAAAACACUAAGAUCGAAAUCGAGUU